CCUGUCCGGCCCCGCCCCCGCCCCGGGCCAUGGCCCAGCCCUUGUCGCGGCCCCUUGUCCUAUCCCAAUCUUGGCCUUGGCCUCCGGCCCCGCCUUCGACCCGCGUCCCAAAUCGGUCCCAGCCCUGGCCGGGAUCCCUGCGAAUGCCAAGGUCCGGGUUCCAACCCAGACCCCCUCUCCAACCCCAGUGCCUGCCGCUGGCCUUUUUCUCAUCCCUCCCUCGGCCCUUGUUCCAUCCGCUGGCACAAAUCCCAGCCCAGCUCCUGUCCCGGCCCGGUGGCCAGUGUUUACUUAAGCCCCUGGCCCAGCCCCAGCCCUCGCUCCCGCCCUUAUCACAGCCUCCUCUUCCAUCCCACUCCCUGCCCUUGUUCAAGCCCCGGUACGCAGCCCAGCCCAACCCGUUGUGCCAGCCUUUGCCCGCUUCUCUGUGUUUUCCCAAGUCCUCCCCACCGGGCCCCCCUCUCUCUCAUACUCUGCCCCUCUCCCAGCCUCGACUCAGGUCUGGGCCCCAGCUCCCGCCAGCCCUAUUGCUGCUGUUGCUGUUCUCUGUCCUUGGCCCAGGGGCCGGAGGCCUUUUCCUGACUGACUACUCCACCUGCUCACCCCGCAAGCUGAGCCCUUUCCGCUCCUUUGCCAGCACCGAGCUCUUCCACUUCCACAUUCCCGAGGACACAUUCCUGGCUGUUUGGAACCUCAUCAUCUUCAAGGAGCAGGGGGGAACCUUUGGAGACCACUGCCCAGACCAGAGUGUGACUGUGUACUUCCGGUCUGGAGCACCCCCUGUCAUCAACCCUCUACAUACACACUUCCCAGGGGACACAGCUGUGCCUGGGGUUUUCUCACUGACCCUCAGCUGGACACUGCCCAACCGCACCUCAGGCAUCUUUAACGUCAGCAGCCCCUUACCUGGGGACUGGUUCCUGGCUGCCCACCUUCCCCAGGCCCAUGGCCACAUCUCUGUCAAGGGUCUCCAGGAUGAGUGUCAGUAUCUCCUGCAGCCGCAGCUGAUUGUCCGGCGUUUACUGGAUGUGGCUGUCCUGGUUCCUGGUCGUCCCUCCGAGCAAACCCUCUCCCCCCACAAUCGUUCAGCCCUGUACAAGGUCUUUGUGCCCAGCUUCACUUACAGGGUUUCAGCGCAUCUGGUGUGUGUGGGGGGCCGCGGGGUGUCUGCCUGCCCCCUGACACUGCGCCUACGUCCCAAGGCCCCACCGCUGCACAACUCAAGCUCGGUAGCCUGCGGCGGAGCCUCAGUAUGCCAGCUGGAGCUGGCGCUGCCCCCCUGGGGGCACUGGGUCUACGUGCGUGUGGAGACGCCAUCCCGGGGCCCUGGCAGGACCAUCCGCUUCCAGCUGUGUGUGCGCUUGCAAGAGUGCCCACAGCCCAGCUUGUCUCGUGCCCUGGUCCCUGGAGCUGCCAUGAACAUGCCCCAGUCAUUGGGCAACCAGGCACUGCCCCCUGAGCCACCAUCCCUUGGGACAUCCGUGAUGGGGCCCGGGACCACAUCGCCACCUGAGCACUGCUGGCCAGUACGCCCGACCCUGCGCAACGAGCUGGACACCUUCUCUGUCCACUUCUACAUCUUCUUUGGUCCCAGCGUGGCCCUUCCCCCUGAGCGCCCAGCCGUGUUCGCCCUGAGGCUGUUGCCAGUGCUGGACAGUGGAGGCGUCUUCAGCCUGGAGCUCCAGCUCAACGUGAGCUCCCUGCGGCAGGAAAAUGUGACGGUGUUCGGCUGCCUGACUCACGAGGUGCCCUUGAGCCUGGGCGAUGCAGCGGUGACCUGUUCCAAAGAGUCCCUGGCUGGCUUCCUUCUCUCUGUCAGUGCCACCUCCAGAGUGGCCAGGCUGCGAAUCCCAUUCCCGCAGACAGGGACCUGGUUCCUGACCCUCCGCUCCCUGUGUGGGGCAGGGCCUCGGUUCGUGCGGUGCCGCAAUGCAACAGCCGAAGUGCGGCUGCGCACCUUCCUGUCCCCGUGUGUGGACGACUGCGGGCCCUACGGCCAGUGCAAGCUGCUGCGCACACACAACUACCUGUACGCGGCUUGCGAGUGCAAGGCUGGGUGGCGGGGCUGGGGCUGCACGGACAGUGCGGAUGCGCUCACCUACGGAUUCCAGCUGCUGUCCACCCUGCUGCUCUGCCUGAGCAACCUCAUGUUCUUGCCACCCGUGGUCCUGGCCAUUCGGAGCCGCUACGUGCUGGAAGCUUCCGUCUACACUUUCACUAUGUUCUUCUCCACGUUCUAUCACGCGUGCGACCAGCCAGGCAUCGUGGUGUUCUGCAUCAUGGACUACGAUGUGCUGCAGUUCUGUGACUUCCUGGGCUCCCUGAUGUCCGUGUGGGUCACUGUCAUCGCCAUGGCUCGUUUACAGCCUGUGGUCAAGCAGGUGCUGUAUCUGUUGGGAGCUAUGCUGCUGUCCAUGGCUCUGCAGCUUGACCGACAUGGACUCUGGAACCUGCUUGGACCCAGCCUCUUCGCCCUGGGGAUCUUGGCCACAGCCUGGACAGUGCGCAGCGUCCGCCGCCGGCACUGCUACCCACCCACGUGGCGUCGCUGGCUUUUCUACCUGUGCCCGGGCAGCCUUAUUGCGGGCAGCGCCAUCCUGCUGUACGCAUUUGUGGAGACCCGGGACAACUACUUCUACAUUCACAGCAUUUGGCAUAUGCUCAUCGCUGGCAGUGUGGGCUUCCUGCUGCCCCCUCGUGCCAAAGCCGACCCCCGGGUCCCCUCUGGCGCCCGGGCCCGGGGCUGCGGGUACCAGCUGUGCAUCAAUGAGCAGGAAGAGCUGGGCCUUGUGGGCCCAGGAGGGGCCACCGUCAGCAGCAUCUGUGCCAGCUGAGGGGAGCUUUGGGCCUGGCCCUUGGGAAUACAAGCCUGUCCCGGGGUUCGUCCCGAGGGCGUGGAGCCUUCCCAGGGACCAGAGACGAGCUAUAUUUUCUCAAGGACAUGGAGUCUUUCUCAAGGACAUAGAACUCUUCCGGGAGCCAGUCCCUGUGCCUGGAGAGCUGCCUGAGGGCCUGGGGUCCUGCAUCCAUGGAGUCCUUCUUCAAGGCUGGAGCCUGUGCAGUGCUCAGAGCCCCUCAGCACCCAGGAGUCCCUUCCCGGAGAUCUGGAGCCCUCAGAGAUGUGGACAGAGUGCUGUCAGGAAGCAGGCGUCAGCCCAGAGCAAAUGGAGUCCACCUUGGGGAAACUGAGCCUGCAGGCUUUCCCAGAGGCUCAGCAGCUCUGUCCUCGGGCUGCCUUCGCAGAGGCUGGGCUGGGCGCAGGACAGAUGGAGCGGGACCGGGCGCUGGGAUCCUGCGUUGGUACAGGUGGAGUCUGGUGUGUCUCCAAUGAAGUCCGUGCUGGUUCUGUGCUGCCUUCCUGCCUGGGGCCAAGGGCUGGGGAAAGGAGGGAUGGAGGGACCCUGAGGAAAUCAACAGCAGGGGCAGUGGGAGCCCAGCCUGGACCGGCUGGGCUUCCGCUUCUGGGAGCUGCUGCCUGAGGCUGUUGCUUCACCAUCCACACCCCCGCCUCCCAUUCCUUUGGUCCCUAGGUUCAUGCCCAGGCACUUCCCAAUGCUAAUUCCCCAGUCCUGAUGGAGUCCAGUGUGCAGUAGCCGUGGGGUGUGUGUGUGUGUGUGCACAUGUGUGUGUGUGCACAUGUGUGUGUAUGUGAAUGAGAUGACCUGGACUUCCCCCACGAUGCCGCACCCAACAGGGAAGGAAGCCCGGGGCUCAGGAAAUCGGAGUGACAGGUACAAAUCUGUGCAGGAAAUAUCGCAAGAGUGUGAUUUCUGUUUUGAGUCCCCAUUUUUCCUGAGUGCCAGAAAUAACCUUUUGAGAUUUCCUCUUUCCACACAGUCAUGGCAGAACUUUUUCUAAAUUAUUUAUUUGAGAGGCAGAGAGAUGGGGAGGGAGGGGGAGAGGAGAGGAAGGGAGAGAGAGCAUGUGUGCGAGAUCGUUCCCAUAUGCGGAUUUAUUCUCCAAAUGCCUACAACAGCUGGGGCCAAAGCAGGAGCAGGGGACUCAGCGUGGCUCUCCCAUGUGGCAGAGGACUCCAAUUACUUGAGCCAUCACCGCUGCCCCCCAGAAUCCACAUUAGCAGGACACUGGGGUCAGGAGCAGAGCUGGGGGUGGAGCCCAGGCACUGAUGUGGGCGGUGGGCAUCUUAAUUACUGAACCCCCACUCCCACAGCUGAGUUCUGAGAGGCUUAUAGACCGCCAAGACGUUGGGAGAGCAUUCUCUCUGCUCACCAGUGUCCACACUGCGUCUGUCCCCUGAGACUUGCGUCAUUCCAUCUGGUCCCCAGGCAGCAGCCCAGACAGGCCCUCUGGGGUGCAGGGAGGUUUCCCAUUCCCAAAUGCAGCCCUGAGGCUCUCUCCACCACUUCUCCACCAUAAGCAGACGCCUGUGUGGUUGUCUGAGGUCUUGGCUCUGCAGACACACCUUGAAGCUGUUCCUGCUCUGGGUAUUACUCAACAAUCCAGGCAUGAGUUGCGCACGUUUUAAAUCCUGCAAACCUAUGCAGGGGUUUGGCCCUGGCACUGGGGCCCAAGAUCCCUCUCUUGUGCUCUCACUUGCCUGCUCUUCUCUCUUCAUUCCUCCUUUUUGCUAAUUGACUUUUACUUAUGUUUUCCCCCAAAUAUUUUAUCUAUCUGUGCCUUAAGUCAUCUCGUUUCCAUUAUGGGCCUGUGCUUUUGAAGUCCCAAAGCCAGGAAAUCAUUGCUUUCUUCCCUGCCGUCUGCAGUCUCAUCUCUUCCUUGGGGCACUGGGCAGAGCAUGAUUCAGCCAAUGACUGGGCUGGCCACUCUUUGCAUAUCUGAGACACGUCAUCACAUCAGGAUGUUCCGAGCCAGGUCACCAGACGGCUGCGGUUCAGGACAGAGUUAGCUGCCGGAGACCAGCUCCAGCCAGUCCAGGGGCCCCAAGGUGUGAGAGGUGUUAGCGCUCAAAGAAAUGAGACACACUCAUAGCAAGGCUGAUGGCAUGGCUCUGGCUCUGGAGCACCAGACUUCAUUUUCAUAUCAUAUGCCACAUAAUGACUUUUUUCUCACAAUAAUAAGUCUGUUAUCCAUUUUUUUUCUAAUUAUAAUUUCUUUGAUUUUCAAGGGCACAUUCAGAGCAUGGGUUACAAUCACAGACAGGUGCGAGACAAUGGGCUGCCCACACAUGCCAAGGCCUGGAGUGCUGUCGAGCUAUGCAGAAAUUGGCUACACAAGCUAGAACAGUACCUUCCUAAUCUAAUCUUUACUAGAAGCCCCAAGUUCAAAGCAGGCCCUUUUUAAAAUGUAUCCCCUCUUUGCAGUUCUUUCUGUAACUCUAAUUUCUUUAUUGUACUUAUUUAAAUGUUCACUUAGGUCUAUUCCACAGUUUUGACAUCCUAACCAUUGUAGUAUUUGUAGCAUAUAUUGAAUUAAAGCUUUAAUAACAUU